UUCAGCCAGCACAAUGUUCCUGGCUUUGUUUACUAAAAAAUAGCUAAGUAACUCAAAAUGCCCCGGUAUUGUGCAGUGAAACUCUGCAAAAACCGUGGAGGGGUACUUUCAAAAGACAACAAAAGGAUUAGCUUUUAUCCGUUCCCGUUACGAGAUCAGGUCAGGCUUCAGAAAUGGGUUGAUAACAUGAAACGCCAGGAGUGGACACCCAGUCGGCACCAGUACUUGUGUAGUGAGCAUUUCACAGAAGACUCUUUUGAUCUUCGCUGGGGAAUUCGGUACCUCAAGCACACAGCAAUUCCGACAAUCUUCCCCUAUAUAUGUGAUGAUGAAAACAAUAGAAUCCAGAACAAGAAGAACUCCAGGGUCAAAGGGAGAACAUGCGACACAAACGUCCAGCUCAUCAGAUCCUUGUCCCCGCCAAAGAAGAAACCUCUCAUCCUCAAAGACAACGACUUCCACAUCAUCAACAACAACAACAGCAGCAACACCAAUGACGAUGACAGCAGCGGCAUCAUCACCGGCCAGACGACAGAAGUUAGCGAGGCAGACGGCCAAGUCUUCUCCGUCCUCCUUGUGGGACACCUGAAGCUGGAGACGACUCUUCGUCCAGAGGAGGAGGGGAAGUUGCCAGUCGGGCCCCACCUCACACAGACUGGUGUCCCCUCACCUGUGCGUGUGUCCGUCUGCGAGCACCCAGGUGGGCUGCUGGCGGACCCAGGUGACGCCCAGGUGAAGAGCGAGACGGAGGAGCCCUUCUGUGUUCGCUCAGCCGUGACCGCACUGUUGCCCUGCGAUCCGGUCACUCCCUUCCCAGACUCCACUUCCGGAGCUGCCGACCAGGGGACGGCCCAUUUGUUACAAACUGGACUCAAUCAGAGCAUCACAAUCGGCCCAAUUAUGUGUUUAAAGGCGGAGGACGAGCAAGAAGGAUCCGGAGUAAUAGUUUUCUCAGACGCACACAGAGGGGCAGAGGGCGAGGCAGGACCGGACAAGGACGAGGCGGCGGAGGCGGCGGAGGCGGCGGAGGCAGCGGAGGCGGCGGAGGCGGCGGAGGCAGCGGAGGCGGCGGCGGACGCACAGACGGAGGGUGAGGGGGAGGGCGAGCACGCCUGCCUGUGCGAACACUCGUACUCGCGGCAGGACCUGGACCAGGAGCAGCUGUGGGGCCGCAUCGCCGCGCUCCACGCCAAGAUCACCGAGCUGGACCAGCGCGAGGAGGAGACGCUGGCCAAGAUCCAGGCGGCCGAGGACAAGGCGGCCCAGCUCAGGAAACAGAACGUUGUGUGCGAGGAGAAACAGAAGGCAUUGGAGGAGUACUUCACUGCCUUCCUGCGGUAGUCCGCUGUCAUUUUUUGUUUUGUUUUGUCUUGUGCAGAGUUCAGAGUUUGAAUGUGAUUUUUUUUAAUGUGAUCUUUUAUCUUGCUGGCUCAACUGUCACCAGCUCCCUUGGGCUAUAGCUUUGAUACGAUUAGCCGUUUACAGACAACAUGCACUUACAGUCCAGUUUCAGAGGUAUCUAUGGGCAUCUAAUCAUCCUGUUCUGUUACUGAGGUUGAAAACAAUUUCUCCACAUUGACAUAGAACAUAAACAUAGCACAGAGCAGACAAUAUAAGAUAUUGUCUAUUUAUAGAAAUAAAUCUAACACAUUUUGUAAUGCAAAAUACCAAAAAUGCACUGUAUUUGCAGCCGAGGCAGACCAAUUAUUUAUUUACUAUUGCUAUUUAUUUUGCAUAGUUAAAGACAGUUUAGAAUGUUUUCUACUGCAGCUACUUCUAGCAAUUACGUUACUUCAUAAUGAGGUCUGGCAAUGUGAACGAGACAUGCAGAGCAUUUUCCCCCCAUCAGAACAAAAGAGAGAAAAUAUUAAUUUCUGUUUGUGAAGUACUGUUUACAGUUAGAUAGAAGCACCCUCAGUUCAGAUUCAUUCAGGUAUUAAACAACACUAAAUUUAUGGGAAAAUGCAAGAAUCCAUCUCUACCUUUUUAUUUUAGUAUAUGAUGAUGGUAGUAUCAGAAAGCACAGAGGCACUCUGACAGAAAUAGAAUGUCAUGGUGGCAUACUUUGUGCCUUCUUUUUUUUCAUUUGUGGGAAAAAUUACAUGAAUAAAAAUAACCCUUUAUGGCCUCUCUUGCUAGAGGACUAAACGUAAUAGUUUAAGACAAUCUUUCUGUCCUACACUAAAUAACACAAGCCUUAAUUGUCCAAUGGGUGGUCAUCCUAUGAGAAUGCAUAAACCUUUAACUUAAAUAGGAAACCAUGAUAUGUAUAGCUGAAAGUUGCUUUCUGAUUUUUUUUUUUUUUUUUUUUUUUUUUUAAUUCCUGAAUCCCUUGAAAUGUUCCUUAAAGUGGCCUAACCACACUGACCAACAAUGACAAUCUAAUUCACUCGGUCACUCUAAGUGAAUGUAUUUCUCAAUCAGACUCAAAAUCUCAAAGGCCCAAAUGAGCUAAACACAUAUCCUACCUGAUCAUUGUGCAAGUGAAUAAUCAGCUUUUGCCACAAACAAUUGCAAUCAGUGCUUUAUUAGCAUUUUUUUCUUUUGGGUUUUAUUUUAUAUCAGUGUAGAAAAUCCAUGUUAAAAGCAUUUGGCACUUCCGAGCAUAGUGUUUUGUGGCACUGUAAAAUGUUUUCUUCUUCCUUGUGACAGCCUAUCCGGCUGGCCAUGCCGUCCGACAAAACUCUGCUCUUACCCAUGUGUUGUCAUUUUAGCCAUGUCAUAUUUUAAGAAAAAAAAAAGGAUAAUAAAUCUGAUAUAUUUUGAUACA